AUGCACUUCGCCGCCACAGCUGUGUUCGCUCUCUCUACUCUGGGCGUCCUCACCUCCGCUGCCCCUCUCUCCAACCAGCAGAAUGGAGAUCUCGCCCGCCGCAAGGUGCCUUACAAGGUAGUCAACGUCGACGACAACACCACUCCGACUUCGACACCUUCAUCUGCCGACCCCGAGGCCACAGACACAGUGACUCAAACCGUGACUGUGACACCCACCCCAUCCCGCUCGCCUCUUUCUUCAGUUUCACCUUCGUCGUCUGUGGUUCCCACUUCGACUCCACUGUACCGCAUCAUGCGCGAGUGGCCCGCUGCCUCUUCUGGGCGCAGCAGCAGCGCCGUGCCGACUCCUACCGGCUCGUCCUUCUGGCGUCGUGACUGGGACUGGGGUUACUCUUCUUCUUCCACGCCUUCUUCCUCGGCGACUCCAUCUUCGAGUGCGACGGUGCCUGUCGCAUCUACUCCUCUCGAACGCCGCCAGUGGAACUGGGGUUACUCUUCUUCCACUCCUUCUUCCUCGGCGACUCCUUCGAGUCUGACGGUGCCUGUCACGUCUACUCCGCUCGCUCGUCGCGACUGGACUCCCUCUCCGAGCGUCUCUUCGAUGACCCCGAGCUCGGCGACUCCCAGCUCGACUCCGGUCUGGAGCACUCCUUUCAGCUACUAA